GUGUGUAAGUGAAUGGCCAGGCAGUGGAAAACCAGUUGGUUCGCUAACUACCGCCCAGGACGGUCGUGUUGUUGGUUCGUUCCCCGUCAAGUUGAUUUGUUUUAACUCUGCACAAUUUUUUGGUGAUUUCCAUUUUCUCUCUCUGCUCCUGUAACGGAAUACAGUGUCCAUCUCUCGGCGUGUGUCAUCCAUCAACAACAAAUUCUUCGUCUUGAAAUUAUUCAAAAGUUUCCCAAAAAAAAGUGAGCGCGAAUAUUUGAAAAGGCCAAAGAAAAUAAAACAACUGCAGUUGUUUGAAAAAGUGGUUUAGUGUUUUUGUUUGGUCGACGUUUGACAUCCAUCCGCAACCCUGGAGUCGCCGUCGCCACAUCAAAUCCGGCGGAAUUCGCCGGUGCCACAUCCGCCGCCGUCCAGCUCUGCAAACAGUUUCAUCGCCAGUCAUUUCAGCAGCAGCGGCGACUACAACAACACAAUGUCGUCGACGACGCCCAAUUCCGUCGGCGCCGGAGAUUGCGACCAGCAACAACAACAACAACAGCAAGAUCAGUCCAAUUCAUCCGGACAGCAGCAGCAGGCGGCAGCGGCGGCAGCGGCCGCCGCAUCCAAGAACGCCUUCCUGGAACUGCAACAGGCCCACCAGCACCUGGCCAGUCAGGCCGGCAUCGGUCCGCCACCUCCGCACAUGGGCGGAGGUGGCGGUGGCGGCGGAGGGGGGCCGUACGGCAUGAGCCGCAACCCUUACGGCCAGAUGCAACAGCAGCAUCCGUCGGCCAACAGUUUGAGCGUCAACCACCAGCUGGGCGGCUACCCCUUCUCCCACAUGACGUCACAAAACUCGUACGCGGCAGCGGCGGCCGCCGCCGCCGCCGGAUACCACCACCUCAGUCCUUAUCCGUCGCAAUGUCCAUCACCUCCCAGAGACGAUAAAGAUUCACUGGAAUCGGGAAUCCGGGUCAACGGAAAGGGCAAAAAGAUGCGCAAGCCGCGGACGAUUUACUCGUCGCUCCAACUGCAGCAGCUCAACCGCCGGUUCCAGCGGACCCAAUACCUGGCCCUGCCCGAACGGGCCGAAUUGGCCGCCUCCUUGGGACUCACACAAACUCAGGUGAAAAUUUGGUUCCAGAACCGGCGGAGUAAAUACAAGAAGAUGAUGAAAGCCGCUCAACAGGUCGGCGGAGGUGGCGGCGGAUUAAACGGAAACAAUUCCGCUUCGACGCCGCAAAUGUCGCCGUCCGAAUCAGAAGGAGGAUCUCCCAGUCCGGAAUGCGGAGAUGACGGAAGUCUGGGCGGUGGUGGUGGUUACUUACCGCUGGGCAUGGGCCAGCAGCAUCCGCACCAGCAACAGCAACAACAGCAACAGCAUCCGGGCGGAGGAGGAAUGAUGAACUACCACCAACAGCAACACCAGCAGUCGGCCGGUACGCCCGUCAGCGACUUGUCGCCACCUCCGCCAACGUUGCUGGGCCUGUCCGGCGGCGGCGGCGGUGGCGGAAGUCCUCCGCUUUCGUCGUCGACGGGCGGCUCCUGGAUGCACGACACCAAGCCGAGCCUCAUCCAAAUGGGCGACCCGGCGUCGGCUGCCGUCGGCCUGGCCGCCCACCACCACCACCACGUCCAUCACCAAAUCCACCACCAAAACAGUUUGCAGCAGCAAAUGGGAGCGGCGGCUGCGGCCGCAGCGGCCGCCGCCAAUUACGGAAUGCCCUACCCUUGGCAGUACGCCGCCACCAUGAACCAAGGUCUACUCACAUGAACUGAUUUUUCUUAAUUCAUUUAGACACAAAAAACAUAAAAAUUUUUAAAAAUUCAAUCGAGUUGAGAAAGAUUUUAAAAAAUUAAA